UUUAAACAGGUCUUGGUCAUUCAUAUCGUCUAGACAAAGGUUGAUCGUUGACUGAUCAAAUCGGUAAAAGUUCAAUUUUUUUUCUCUUUACAAAGUAAUUUUUCAGCAGAGCCAUGGGCAAGCAUAAGGAAAGGCCACCACUUAAUAUCCCCACUGAGCCAAUCAAUAUUUUGAUUGACAAUGAACCCACUUACAACAAGGAACAAAUGAGAUUGUUGAAAGAAAUUUUCGAUCAAUUCGACAUUGAAAAGACUGGAUUAUGUCCCUUGAAGAUCAUUCCAACUACCUUGAGCACCUUGGGUGUCAAGAUGAAGGAAGAAGAGUUGGAAAAACUCAUCAAGGAAGUUGAUGCCAACGGAUCCGGUACCAUUGAGUUCGGUGAAUACAUUGAAUUGGCCCAGAGAUUCAUUGAGCCUGAAGAUGACUAUAACAAAGUUUACGCUGAGUUGAGACAAGUUUUCAUGAUUUUCGAUAAAGAACACAAAGGCUACUUGGACAUUGCCGAGUUCAAAGCGAUCAUCAAGGAAAUCGAACCCGAAUUGCCCGAGAACGAAUUGAAUGACGUCGUUGAGGAAGUUGACGUUGAUGGCUCAGGUCGCAUUGAGUUCGAGGAGUUCCUCGCUGUCAUGGUUGGCGAAUAAAAAAAUUAAAAUCGAACAUUUUUUUAUACGAAACUUGUUUUGGUUCACAUACGAUGCAUCUAAUCUACUGAGGAAUUAAAACAAAUGACA